AAGAUGGCAGACGUGCGGCCGCCACCUCUCCGGAGUCUGGAUGAUUUCCUCCUGUGUUCGGCCCGGUUCGCCGUGCCAGAUGUGCACAAUCUGGACCGCUGGAACAACCGCAUCAUCAACAACCUGCUCUAUUACCAGAGCAAUUAUUUCCUGUGCGCGCUUGGCUUCCUGCUCAUAGUGGGGUAUUUCCAACCCUUCCAGCUUUUCACUGGGAUGACGGUGGUCACCUUGUUGUUCAUUGGUUUUGUCUGGGCUGCAGAGAACCAAGCUCCUAUUCGCCGUUUCCGUAGAAACCACCCAUCAGUCUCUAUAUUGGCCAUCCUUGUGGCCAGUUACCUCUUCAUAUCAGUGCUGGGAGGAGUGGCCGUGUUCCUGUUUGGGAUAGCCUUUCCUAUAUUCAUGGUUCUCGUCCAUGCAUCGGUGAGGCUGCGCAGUCUGAAGAACAAGCUGGAAAACAAACUUGAAAGCAUCGGUCUGAAGAGGACUCCAAUGGGACUUCUUUUAGAGGCCCUGGGACAGGAGCAGGAGGCGGGAUCUUAAAGAUGAAGAAGAGAAGAAAGUUUGAAGGAGAAGUGGAGGUGGAGAUGUAGGUGGGCAAUGGGAGGGAGAGAAAACAGAGCUGAAGAACAUUACUACAGUGGGAAGGGGAAGUCAUGAAAAAAAUGACAAGUUGUGGUUUGAUUUGUUUACUAAAAAAAAAUCAGAAGGAAGAGAAAAAAUGAUGUGCUCAGAAGUCAACAGAUAUGAAGCCAUUUCUGAUCUGUUUUCAUCUUGCACUUUAAGCACAUCUUUUUGCUAAGACCCCUGUCACCCUGACACAAAGAAGCCUGCGGAGGGCUGCGGACGAGCGACUGUAAGCAAUCCACAGAAAUUCCUGACAGAAAGGAAAUACGAACAAUUGAUAGUGUGCACUUUGCAUGUGUCGCACAACCUGAUGGCACGUGUGGAAAAUUCUGCAGAGGGGUGGUGGACGUGUGUGCAGAUGGCAGACGUUUGCAAAGAGUUGGCAUGCUGAACACGUGCAUUGAGGAUGGCAGCUGAUCAGUGUUGGUAGGACGUACUGACAGCAGAUGUAGCGGAGUGAACACGGCAUCCGCUGCUCGUCCGCGCCAAAAAUCACCAUGGGAGGGCUAUAAAAAGUUGUUUUUCACCAUUUUUCUGAAGCCUGCAUUGUCCACCACCUUCAGCCUGUCUGCAGACGACUGUGGGCUGAUGGCAGACUGAACACGUGCAUUACAGAGCCAUCACAUGCGCUGCAGACUGAUCAGGAACUCACCAAGUGCACUCCUGUCUGCAGCCGUCCGCCGUGUCUGCAGCCAAAAAUCAACAAACUUUUGAAAACUCGUUCUGCAGACACGGCGGAGCAUCGCGGACAGUUUCUGCCUUCUGUCUACGUGUGGCUGUGCAUCGUGGUCUGCAGCCCUCCGCAGCUGACUUUGCAUCAGUGUGACAGGGUUUUAGUUUAUUAAUGCACUAUGUGUGAAGUGAUGCACCCACAGUGUAUUUAGCUUUCUGUGGAUGACAUUCCCAAGGGGCUUUUUAUUAUCUAUUAAAAAAAACACUCACAGUGACUUAAUCUUAUCUAUCCAGGAUGUGAUAUUUAGAAAUUUAAUUUUACCCCCCAAAUUUUGUAUUUUGAAAAGAAAAUAUGUAAUAUGGAACAACAAAGCCAUGUCUUAGAGGUUUGGAUUUGAUUCUGAUGGCACAGGUACGCGUUUCUGCACACUCAGCUCUCUGAACCAGAAAACAGCAGAAACUGUCCUCCACCCUCUGCCUCACACUCAACAUGAAGUUAUCCUUUUUAUUUCCAUAUUUUAAACUAUGCGAGAAUGCUUAUUGUUAAGACCUACAAUUUAAGAUCAUCAGCAGUAUUCUUGUUAAAAGUGCCCAACCUGUUUACCAUGAAGUAUUUAUUUAACCAUGUUUUCUCACAGAAUUACAGAUUCAUUUCAUUUCUAGAUUUCUGUAUGUCUAUGAGAAAGCAGCUCUUGGCUCCUUUGCUCUGUGAGCUCAGUAAACACUUUCCUUAUGCUUUCAUAGGUGCAGUGGCUGUUUGUAGUCAUGUUAAAUAAGCCAUGAUGAUCAUUUUGUAAAUAAUGGUGAUUAAUUGAGGCAGAAAGUAGGGUAUGUUCAUUAGCUAACAAUGUGUCAGGGACUAAUCAGCCAAUGCCCCCCCCCCAUGUUAAGUACAUUCUAUGGACAUACAAAUAAAUAUGUGUGCGCCAAUGCAAGACAAUAGAAGACAACAUUAAAAACUAUCUAACAAUAUAAUGUAAGAGGCAUAUCCUGUAAAUGUAGUGGAAACAUUAAACUAUAGCAUUUAAGCUAAUCCCUGUGAGUGCAAGCAGCAACAGAAACGACUAGACCUCUUUGUGUGCUAAACAUGGAGUGAUGUCAGAGGAAAUCAGAGGUUUUCUAUGACAAACGAGGUCAGGAGGAAACUGAUUAUUAUAGAGGGAGCAGGAGGAGUGGUUAUACGAAGGAAACAAGUUCACAGUUUAAAAGUCAUUCUUUUGGAUACCUCAUUUCCAAGCUUGUUUUUCUCCAGGAGUAUGCAUCUCAUUCACAUAACUUUGCCGGUCUUUGGGAUCUCCCAGUGCUGGCUGCUGGGAAAAGCACUUCAGGAAGAAAUCAAUAACCUAGAACAUUCUCAUCAUUUCCUAAUGAAGUAAAUCUUUGUUACCAAAAAUAACCACUAAAAUGUAUUUGUGGCUUUGAUAACACUUGUGGUAACAGUACUGUGUUAUAGCAGGCUGCUGCUUUGGUCCAGACUGACACGUCUCAGCACAGACCGGAUGAACAGAAAGUCUGCUACAGUAUUUUUCUGGAGCCUUGAGGACAAUGAUGAUAGAUUUUAGUGAUCUUGCUUGCAAUUAAAUAGAGAGCAGAAGUCCUACAUCACAUUCUGAUAGCUGACAUUCAUUUAUCUGGUGGUCUGAAACACAGGUUUGCCUUUUUCUUUCUUUCUCUUUUUUUUUUUCUUUUCUUGUUUUGGAUCAAUGGAAGAAAUUUAAUGUGUUUCUUGAUAUUAUUUGGGACCACAUAUAAUGGAAAAUAGUAUAACAUUUAGUAUUAAAAGUAACUAAUUAGCUAAUAUGAAGUAAUCGUAAAUGUUCAUAUAAGCAAAACUACGCUGCAAGCACUGAAGCUAUGGAUAAAACAAACACCCAUUAAUAUCUGAUUUGGAUGUAUGCAUGGGUGGUUAGCCAUGGAGGCUAAUCUUAGAAACAGCCUAAAUUAGAUAUUUUCUU